AUGUCUUCCAAUCGAACAAUUGAAAUGUUAAGACCAGUUAUGAAAGAUUUCGACAGCAUUGUCUUACCGUACUGGCACAAAUUUGAACAACCACAUCCAUAUUACCAAUAUGCCAUAGGUUUAUUCAUUGCAGUUGUUGGGAUAACUGGUGUGUGCCUUAAUUUAUUAGUCAUCAUAUUUUUCACAAUGUUUAAAUCCCUUAGAACACCUUCAAAUAUUCUUGUUGUAAAUUUAGCAAUAUCAGAUUUAGGAUUUUCAGCAGUUAUUGGCUUUCCUUUAAAAACUAUGGCAGCAUUUAAUAACUUCUGGCCAUGGGGUAAAAUAGCGUGUGAUAUAUAUGGGUUAGCUGGUGGACUUUUUGGAUUUGUUUCCUUAUCUACGAUAGCCGCUGUUGCACUGGAUCGCUACUUAGUUAUUGCAACUCCUUUUGAAAGUGUAUUUCAAACAACUCCUAGACGUACAUUAUUGUUAAUGUUAUUUUUAUGGUUGUGGUCUCUUAUCUGGACGAUUCCACCACUUUUCGGAUUUGGUAAGCGAUAA